AUGGCCAGUUUGACUUUGUCCUCAACUCGCGUCCCUCCGCCCAAGACCGAAACCAUGUUUCCACUCCACAUUUCGAGCCACCCACACAUCUUCACCACUAUCUUUCACCACUCACCCAACGACACUCUCCUCGCUCUUCGCCAAGUCUCCAGACAGUUCCGCCAUCAAGCGGACGAGGUGUUGGUCCGACACCUACUCAUUGGUAGUGAAGGGAUACUGUUCCUCGACGGUUCCCGCGUGCCGAAGCGACUCCUUCAACCUCGGUUCCUCGACAAAACUCGAGUCCUGGACCUUGUUGGCACUCCAGAAGGGUAUUCCUUGGCGCAGCUGCAACAUUUGGCGGAUCGAUUCCGCAACGUGGAUGUCUUGCGCCAGUUUACGGACGUCAACUGGAAACUCGCCAUUGCGGCACCAGUCUAUCUUCUCAAGGGCGAUGCACCGAGACAGCCAGAUAUGGUCUACAGGGAGUGGUGGGGACAAGGGCACACUCCCCUUCUCACCGCGCACACUCAGGUGGUCAAGAUCAAUGUCUGCCAAAGACACGUGCCCAAGGGCCAGCCCCUCGUGGGCCUUCGGUUUGAUUGGGACAGCGAGGUGGUGUUCUUUUGCUCUCCUUCCACACAACCCUGUCGGUGCCCCCCGCCUCAAAACGAACGAUGGAACGGCAGCCGAAUCUUGUCUGGAGUCAAAACGCCCCGGCUCAAUGGCAUAGCUCAGCAAAUCAUCCGCUACCACAAAGUCGUCACCAACAACAAGCGGAUGUGGACCAUCGUCAACAGCGAAUGUUGGAAACCUGGCUGGGUCGCCAAUGACAACCACUCUCAUUAUUAUAAUACCAAAUGGAGCCGGAGCUGGCUGGCUCCUGGUGACACGCCACUCGACACGGUCCAGGACGACUUCAUUGAUUUCAUCUUAUGCGCCUCCGACCAGCCCAAGUAUCAAAGCAUCAUGUCGAAGAUUCGGUUCAUAUCGCUUGAGGAAUACCGUCGUCAGGUCGGUGAAGAUAUCUUUGGCCAUGUUAUGGCAUUGUGA